GCAAGUUUGGGGCUGAAAAGGGGCCGGAGGAGGAGGAGGCGGUCCCAGUGAGCGGCGCGACCGGGCGCAGGAUGCGGCGGCGUUCUAAGCUGCCGCCGCUGCCUUCUCUAGGCCAGUGUCUGCGGCUCUUCUGGCUUCAGCCGCUACCCUUCCUCCUCGUGGGCCUGGCGCAAGGGGAGGAGGUGGCGGCAUUGUCAGCACCAUGUAGAAUUCUGAAAGAAAUAGAUAUGAUAAAGAGUUUAGAAUCAGUCUGUUACUGCUACAACCAACUUGCCCAAAUGGAGUGGAAAUACAUUUGGUCAACCAUUCAGGUGAAAAUUACCAGCUCAGACAUGCUCAGCAUUGUCUUUUUCAUGGAAGAAUAUGAUUGUCAGUAUCCAGAAACUCUCCUGGCUUUUAUCAAGUGUACGAUUCAUGCCUUUUGGAAACCAAAGGAGUCUAAUGAUAUAACCUUUAAUAUUAAUCCAUAUCAGAAGUCUUGGUGUUUCUAUGUGAAGCCUGCCAAAAACAUAUUUCCGUAUACAUUGAGAGUGAAUCGAAAUAUUGUGGAUACAAAACUAUUUCUUCUGUUUGUGACAGGGAUAUUCCUUUUCUUUAAAGCAAAGACCUUGAGUAGGAGCACUGUUUUCUAUUAUUCUGCUGGAACCAUAAUGGGCAUUCUUAUGACCUUAGUCUUUUUCCUGCUGCUCAUGAGAAGAUAUAUUCCCAAGUUUAGCACCUUUGGGGCCCUCAUGAUUGGUUGUUGGUUCGCUUCAUUUUACCUCGUAUGCCAGUUAAUGGAAGAACUAAAAUGGCUCUGGUAUGAAAACAAAACAUAUAUAUUAGGCUACAUUCUGACCAUUGGUUCCAUCAGCUUUGCUGCCUGUUACAGACAUGGACCACUCGUCAAAGAAAGGAGUAUAAAUCUCUUGACACGGAUGUUACAGCUUUUAUCCUUGGUCAUAAUUUACUUUGGUGUCACUACAGCCCAGGUUGCUUAUGCAGUGAUAGUUCUCCUGAUUUCUUCUCAGGGUCUGCAUUAUCCAGUCACAGCGUUCUGCUGUGUGGGCAGAAAAGUCAAGGAAUAUUAUCAGUCAAAAACACUGGUAAUUAGGCAUCUUACUGAAGAAGAAUAUCGGGAGCAAACUGAAAUUGAAACAGCCAAAGCAUUGCAGAAGUUGCGAGAGUUUUGCCGUAGCACAGACUUCCCAUCAUGGUUAACCAUAUCCAGACUCCAGUCUCCAAAAAAAUUUGCAACAUUUGUUUUGGGAGGAAAUCACCUGUCACCUGAAGAAAUUAGAGCCCAUGAAGAGCAGUAUGGUAUUGGAGGCUGGUUCUUGGAAGAGCAGCUCUUUAGCCCUGGAGGUUCCCAAGAAUCCAAUCAACAAGAUAAUUACUCUCAGGAAGAUGAAGUAGUUGAAAUUCAGGGGGGAUCUCAAAGGGAGGAGGAAUUAGUAGAGGGAAACUGAGGCUACAACAUUUUCCCUGGAACACAGAUGGGUCCCAAAGGAAAGGGAAAUUAAACAUUAUAAAUAUCUUUUGUGCCUGGCAAGUUCUGCUGUGCUGUAGGUGGCAAUCAAGAUUCUUUGAAAGAUUCCUUCUGAGUUUCCUAGAAUGGAAACUCCCUGGGAACAAUGGGAGACUUUCUUUCUGUUCCUCAGGAGCUUAGCCAGCAUGAAGAGGUGCCUUGUCAAUGUUGCAUUAAGUCUUCUUAAUCCUCACAGUGAAAGAGACUGUCUUCUUCCAGCAAAUCUCAGUUCUCAAGUAGAGGAAGAGACCUUUGAUAAUGUGACAAAUAAGUUUUGUACUCCAUUUUUUAUUUGAUUUUUUUGAUUUGUUUUAGGUGUUUUGGAUAAAGGUUGAUAACUCUGAAAAAGGAAAACCCAUUUUCCUAAUUUUUUUAGGUUUAUUAUAAUAUUUUCAUGGAAUAUAAUUUUAUGAUAUCAGAAUUACUUUUCAUAUUUUACUUACUGGUAAAGUUCAAGUAAUGUUUGAGCAUGUUUACAAACUUUUAAUAUUUGUACCAUUUUUUUGUUGUUUUUUGAGAAAGUUUGACAGAGUGGGUAGAGAACUUUCAAACCAAGAUCCAGGGUCAAGUCCCACCUUUUGCACAUGCUGGCUAUGUGAUCCUUGACUAGUGCAACAACUUCUCAGAGCCUUAGAAAAGUCACAAAGACUAAAGAAGUCAAUCUACCUUGAUAGAGGAAGCUUCCUCACAUGGAAAUUCCUUAUAUCAAUUACCUCAUCCUAUUUUUGUAGCAGCAUCCCAUGGAUCCAUGGGGAAAGACCUUUGUUUAUGAUUUUAUGACAUUAAAUCAGAGAGGAAGGAAAAUAAAUGAUAAUAUUUUUAUAGUGAAGAGUUAGAAGUCUGGAACUGAAAAAAUUGUACACAGGCUAAUGGUCCAAUAGCACUUAUAUAUCGUAGUAUUAAUUCCCUUUUAUUUUUUGUCCUAGACUUUUUUUCCUCUUCUAAAAUUCACAAACAUUUUGUUAUGCUUUCUUAAAGAAUCAUUUCCUCUGGAAAGAAGGACAAAAGGCAGGAGUACAGUGGGGAAAAUUAAAGCUGUGUUGCAUCACUCAGCCAAGGCAGAGUAUAAUUUUACUCUCAGUGGGUAAUGCCCAGAACUAGGGACUAAUGCAGAAAUGAAUUUUUAAAUGGUAUUUCCUCAGCAAAAUUGAAUGUUUCUUUUUAUAAAACCUUUGGGG